AAAAACACGGCAUCAAAUCAUUGGUCGGACAACUUGAAAACACACAGCGGUGACUCCCAGUAGAAAACGCGCACCAGCACGCACACACCCGUGCGUGUAUGUGUGUGUUCUUCUCUGGCCCUUUUCUAACUUUCCCACCUUUUUCGAGUGAGCAACUGGGGAAGAAAAGUCCCUCCUUAAAGAGUGUUUGGGGACUGGUGUUGAUCACAAUGCUUAUUGCCCGCUGGCCGGCCGAACUUUUUUAGUCUGUAUAAAAAUCGAGCAAGAACAGGUCUGCUGUUAUGUUGUUUUCAUCUCUUUGUCUUAAAUGGGUUUUGUUUGUUUAUGUGUUUGUAAGUGGGUGACACUAUUGGUUGGGAAAAAAAGGCGUCUUUUGGAGAAUUCGAGCUAGUAUACUCUUCUCGCAUCAUGUUUAUUUAUUUAUUCAUUCGGGGCUUCAUUUAUUGAUUCUUACAGUUAAUUUUGUUUCUCCCUUUCUCUUGCAGUUUGAUUGAAGCAUCUCUUGGUGUGUGUUUGGCAAUUAUGUCACAAAAUUACAUCAAAUGCUGUAUUCUUUUUGAGCUAAUAUGAGCUGUCAAUCAGUUGUUUAUUAGAUAAAAUGAGCAAAGGGAACUAGGUGGCAGCAUUUAUUCCAUUUAUAAAUUUAAGAAAUUUCAGCUCAUUUGCAGACACAUGACAAAAAAAAAAUUCAAUCUUUAUGCAAAGAACAUUGCAAUACUUUAGGUUCGAAUUGAUUUGGAACCAUUCUUUUGAUUGGAUAUUUCGUGCUGAUGUGUUCAAGGAAUGGAUCCUUCUGAAAAAGAUAAGACACCUAUGUUACCGGCCACGAGCAUCAAAUCAGACAACCAAAGUGGAAGGACUAAAAGUAGAAAUUUCUUAACAAAGGCAAGAAGUGCAUCAACAUCUGUUCAUUCUGACCAUUUGGAUUCUUAUGAAUAUACAAACACACCCGCGGGGAACACGGGCCCUUUGAAAACCGAGAGGCGAACUUCAAUUGUACAAAGAAGUGGUCCUCUGUAUUUGACCGGUAACAAUGAGGUCAUCUUUCAGCCACCCCGACACUCACUCGAUCAAAAAGCUGGCGAGCCCAAGUUACAGAAGUAUACGUCCUUUGAUGUGCAUGAUAGUAACGAGUGGCAAACGGAUAACUACGAGGGCAAAAACGAGAAUUUACUGAAGUCGGGGCCAUUGGGAAUGUGCGAUGAUCCUUACUGCACGAUGUGCCCGACGUAUUAUGAUGUCAAGGGGCGCCAGAAGCAGUCAAGAACAUCGGAAAUAUUUGACACUACGUUACAAAAUAUGUUCUAUGGAGAUGCAAGAAGCUUUGCAAAGAGAAUGGGCUCAUUCUUCCAACCAUAUAUUCCGGGAGUUAUGAAUCCUCAUGCAAAAAUUGUUCACCGGUGGAACAAAUUCUUUGUGAUUUCAUGUUUGUUUGCAGUAUUUUUGGACCCAUUAUUCUUCUUUUUGCUGUCUGUGCAAAAGGAUAAUAAGUGCAUAGUAUUAAAUUGGCCCAUGACAACAACAAUCGUGGCUUUAAGAAGCAUGACCGACUUUAUUUACUUUCUUCAUAUGCUCCUGCAGUUUAGGCUUGCUUAUGUUGCUCCUGAAUCCCGUGUAAUGGGAGCUGGAGAGUUAGUGGAUGACCCCAAAAAAAUUGCCCGGCAUUAUCUUUUUGGAUAUUUUAUCCUCGAUUUCUUUGUCGUGCUGCCCCUUCCACAGAUCAUUAUAUUAUUAGUGUUACCAGAUUCUAUGGGAGCAACUGGUGCAAAUUACGCGAAAAACCUUCUGCGUGCAGCAAUUCUUGUUCAGUAUGUUCCCAGGCUAUACAGAUUUGUACCUUUGCUAGCCGGGCAGUCCCCCACUGGACUCAUAUUCGAAUCCGCAUGGGCUAAUUUCAUCAUAAAUCUCCUCAUGUUCGUCUUGGCUAGUCAUGUUGUGGGCUCGUGCUGGUACCUUUUCGGUCUGCAGAGAGUGAACCAAUGCUUUCGAGAUGCCUGUCACCAUGGAUCUGGCAUUCCACGAUGUAUGGAAUUUAUCGACUGUGGCCAUGGAGAUAAUAUUGAAGAGUUUAAAAGUGAUCCUACGUGGAACCAAUGGCUUAACAACAGCAAUGCAACUGCGUGUUUCGAUCAAAAUGGUUUUGCUUACGGAAUUUAUCAAAAUGCUGUUGCACUAACCACUGAACAAAGCCUAGUGACUCGAUAUGUGUACUCGUUAUUUUGGGGGUUCCAGCAAAUUAGUACCCUGGCUGGAAAUCAGGUCCCGAGUUACUUUGUGUGGGAAGUUCUUUUCACAAUGGCCAUUAUCGGUGUGGGCCUCUUGCUUUUCGCUCUCUUGAUUGGAAAUAUGCAGAAUUUUCUCCAAUCUCUUGGUCGUAGGAGGUUAGAAAUGUCUUUAAGGCGACGUGAUGUCGAACAGUGGAUGAGUCAUCGUCGCUUGCCGGAAGGAUUGAGAAGGCAAGUUCGAGAAGCAGAACGUUUUAAUUGGGCAGCCACACGGGGUGUGAACGAGGAAAUGUUAAUGGAAAAUCUUCCGGAGGACCUUCAAAGAGAUAUACGUCGACAUUUAUUUAAAUUUGUCAAGAAAGUCCGAAUUUUCCAAGUGUUGGAUGAACCUAUUGUAGAUGCUAUAUGCGAACGCCUGAGAACAAAAAUAUACAUCAAAGAGAGCAAAAUCAUUUACCGUGGGGGACUUAUCGAUAAAAUGGUUUUCAUAAUCCGAGGAAAAAUGGAGAGUGUUGGGGAGGAUUUAACCGUUCUUCCUUUGUCUGAAGGAGACGUUUGUGGAGAAGAACUCCUCACUUGGUGUCUCGAACAUUCAUCCGUAAACAAAGAUGGAAAGAGAAUUAGGAUACCAGGACACAGAUUGUUAAGCAACAGGCUCGUAAGAUGCUUGACAAAUGUAGAAGCAUUCGUACUUCGAGCUGCGGAUCUCGAGGAGGUUACUAGUCUUUUCGCGAGAUUCUUGAGGAGCCCUCGCGUUCAAGGGGCCAUUAGAUAUGAGUCUCCUUACUGGAGAGGGCUUGCAGCUAGAAGAAUUCAAGUUGCAUGGAGAUACCGGAAAAAACGGUUGAGUCGAGACUCAUUGAGCCCCACACAACCAUCCUUCUAGAAGCCUCACAUAUACUUAGUGCACAUAUGUUACUUUUUCCUUUUCUUUUUUUUUUCCCAUCUUUUUUCUUCUUUUUGUGCAUAAUGUAGCAUUGUUACAUACCUUAGGAACAGGAGUAAGAUUUGCCUAACUUCGAAAGGAUUAUUUUCGUCUAAAUCAUAUUUUACGGAAAAAAAAGGAUUGAUUUUGAAAACUGCCCAUUUUGCCUAAUAAACAAAUGAAUGAAAUAUAAUCUUGGUGAGUGACAAAUGUGUGUUAGGUGAAUAUCUGUUAUAAAUGCUUUAGUCUGUGCAUGUGUGCUUCUGUCUGAUAAGUUAAGGCACCAAACAGCUGUUUUUGCAGCAAUAAGGAAAUUGUGUUAUUGUUAUUUAAGUGUUUCAAAAUUUAAGUUGUGUACAGAGGUAUCUCAGCUGAAGCUCUUUUUUUAAAAAGGACAGGUGAAAGUGCUGUAAAGCCUGUAAUAGUUUGACAGAAAGAGUUGGCCACAAGAGUUAAG